CACUGAUAAUGGGUACUGAUAGACAGCACUGAUAGGUGGCACUGACUGACAUCACUGCUGGGCACUGACUGGCGGCACUGCUGGGCACUGACUGGCAGAACUGCUGGGCACUGACUGGUGGCACUGACUGGCAGCACUGCUGGGCUGCACUGAUGGGCACUGGUGGGUGGCACUGGUGGGCAGGCACAGGUGGGUGGCACUUCUGGGCACAGGUGGUGACACUGUUGAUGAUCAGCGCCGAUCCCCGCUCUGAGAACUGCCGGUUUUCGGCAGUACUUUCCUCACGAUCUGACAGGGCCGCUGUGAUUGGCCUUUUACCACGUCACAUGAUCAGCUGU